AUGGAAAAACUUCUAAAGUGGUCGGUUGAACAUAGUGAUCUAAGCAGAAGCACACAACCUCCGCCUCAGGAUGAUCCGGAAAAGAGAAAAAUAGAUUCUGAAAUUAUUGAUGUAAUUCUGGGAAAAAGUGACGCUACUCAAAUUCGAGAGGCUAUUGAGGUUAUAUCCAAUACUAAUGAUACUUUGGAGAAUAGAGAAAUUGCACUUGACAAUCUGGAAAUGCUAGUGGAACAGAUAGACAAUGCUAACGACAUUGAAAAUAUGAAUUUAUGGCCAAAAAUUUUAUCGUUUCUUUCAUUUCCUGAGACAUCACUUCGAGUACAUGCUGUAUGGGUAUGCGGAACUGCCGUACAAAAUAACCUUAAAGCACAAAAAGCCUUUGCAGAGAAAGGAGGUAUAAGACUUAUAUUGAACUUGUUAAAUAAUCAAGAAGAAGAUAAGGAAGUUAGAAGCAAAGCUUUAUAUGCUAUUUCCGGAGCUAUCAAACAUUAUCCACCUGGAUUAGAACAAUUUGAAAAGGAGGGAGGCUAUGAAAUAUUAUUAUCUUUACUGCAAACAUCUAAUGAUCUUCCCAUUCUUCGUAAAGUGGUAUUUUUAUUUAAUACGUUGCUUCUCCAAGAUACAACUACAGUGGCCGCCAGAAUAGAAGAAAAAGGAUUGGCUAUGCAAAUGAUUAAACUGUUAGGAACUUAUGGAGAUGAUGAAGAUUUAUCUGAUAAGAUACUACGUACAUUAUUUACCAAACUUCAGAAUUCCUCUAAAUCACUUUCAGAGGAUGAAAUUAAUGAAUUAAGGAGAAUUCUUCCUGAAAUUAAGAAAAAGUACGGGGAAGUUUCCUUAAGUAGAUCAGAAUGGGAAAAAUUGGAAAGUUAUCUAUAA